AUGAAUACUAAUAAUGUGCGGAUUCAGGAGAUUGACAGCGGGGGUGAGGAGGAGUAUCUUCUGCGAAGUGGUCGCGCUUUGUAUGCUGCUGAACAACGGAGGAUUGGGUGGCCGAGGCGGAAUGAGGAUUACGACAGAUUUGCUGGCGACGUGCACUCGGUCGACGGCAUAGACUUUGACCUGUAUGACGAUUCGGACAGCACGGUGGCGUAUGCGGUGCAAUUAGCGAUGAAAGACGAUGAAGAGUGGUUGGUAGACAAGGCCCUGAAACGGAUACGGCGCGCGCAGAUGCUGGGCCAGAAGAAUGUACGACUGUCACAACGGGAGUUGGACGCCCUUGAACGAAAACGAAUGCAAACAGACCAUAUGAAGGACGUUGGACAGAGAAACAGUGUUCCCAAGGCAGCGUCUAUCGACGGCAGGCCCUUGAGGCCGGUAGAGAGCUCCACAAACGGGAGACCGGGGAAUCUAGAGACGAUGCGGCGUGGAUCGACCGCUCCAAAUGGUAGCGUGCCUCGUACCUUUGUGACCGACAAGAAGGAGCUGUUUGAGUCGAGGGCGCGGGCUUCGGGCGCUUCGGCCAGUGACCAUUCUUCUGUACUACCACGAACGCCCACCAUACCUACCCUUCCACCUCGAAUGUUGGGGCCGCCGACUUACUCAUCCGUUCCACGCGAUUAUCGGUCAGAAUCUCACCUCACCUUUCCCAGCCCUCUUCCACCGGCGGCCUUCCAGAACCCUCCAUAUGCACGCAUCCUUCCUCACGAGCCACAGUGGGUACCUCCCUACGAGGCACCAUACGCUUCCGCAAACGUCCGUGCCGGACCUCAAAGUUAUCCGAGCCCUAUGACAUAUCAAGCAGGCCCUGGUUCGGUUCUUGGCGAUCGCCAUCCGCUGAGUCGUCAGCAUGCGCCCUCAAAUGCGGCCAGGGGCGAUUCGAGCAGCGAAAGUGACGAAGAAGACGGUGAAUCCGACAAUGACGGUGACCAAGUACACAUUGUCGAUGUGGUGCGACGAAAAGUGCCAACUGGUUUUCAGAGUCGGCCUGCUGCAGCCAGCGGGGUCGGCGCGAGAGCAGUUCCCCCAGGCCGCCGUCGUUCUUGA